AUGCGGCACCCUGCACGAAUCUGUCUCCAUGAACUUCGAAAUAGCCAAGAGACGGUUAAGAGAGAUAUGACGGUCCUUGUUUCAGCUAUGGAUAUGACUCUUUGGCAAGAGUUUAGUUUAAAGAUCGGCCCUGCAGAUAAUGGCCAGCCUUUGAGUCGAGGAGGGUUCUGCUAUAUCCUUGAUCGACAAAUAGAUGCUAGCGUGCCUCUCUAUUUCAAAGACGGCCAUGGUCUUUUCAAGCUCAAUCAAUCGCAUGUCUUACGGCAGUUUUUCAAGGCCGGGAAUGGAGAGUCUCUAAAAGAGGUCUUGUGCCAUUACAACCUCACCCCAAAGGACAAAGUGACACUCUCAUAUGCUAUCGCACGAUCAUACUGGAAAUACUACAAGUCAGAACUGCUGAUUCGGACCAAGUGGACGAGCGAUAACAUCUGGUUUAUGCCUGAGGGGGGCAACGAAGGAAACAAAGAACACCUACCGCUAUGCGCCUAUUUGUCAUUUCCUUUCAGCAUUCCUGGCAGAAGUGAUUCUGAUAUUGUAGACAGGGACCAGCUGACUCAUAAAUAUCCUCAGAUACUUGACAUAGGCGUAUUGCUUCUAGAAAUCGGUCUCGCUAAGCCGUUUCAAACAUUGAAACGCAAAAAUAGGGUCGCACAGGCAAACUUUGAUCACAAGAGGGCAAUCGACGACUUGGGCGAACUAGAGAAGAUGAAAUGGGAUGGCUUCACGAAUAGUAAGAGGUAUUUUGAUGAUGCUGUCAAGUUCUGUCUCAAAAGCAAAGAGGUCAAUCCUUCACCGGAGCAACAAAACCUAGAUGGGAAAGAAGGUAUCGUCAUACGGAAAAAGUUCCACGAGUAUGUGGUCCGCCCACUCGAAUGGCUACAAAAGGGCUUCGGAACGCAAGUUGGGCACAUUAAUUAUGUCGACAAGAAGCCUCUUUCUCCUCCGCAAAGAGCACCUGAUAACGAGGCUGGGAAAUUGGAACCAGACGCAGAAUUCCACAGCGCCACUGUAGUUCCCCAGAUGUGGCUAAGAGACCUAAAGAAGAUCAGUGAACUGGUGGAGCGCAAACGGCGCGAUUGUGCAGUUUCAGCUGAGAUUCGCGUUGCCAUCCUGGAUACAGGGUUGGAUAGAGAAUUUCCCACCUUUCGAGCGAAGAGCGGGCUGAUGAAGAGCAUCAUCGAGGAGAAGGAUUUUGUGGAUCCUGACGCGCAAACUAUGACAGAUACUUUUGGACACGGGACCCUUAUGGCAAGGCUCCUGAUGGAGUGCGCUCCCGGAGCAGGUAUUCUAGUUGCUCGUGUUGCUAAAAGCACUAAUGAGCUUGAGAGCAGUCGCGAAAAUAUUAAGCAGGCCAUCCUCUGGGCCGGACAGAUUGGCAAAGCUGAUAUUAUUUUCAUGUCCUUUGGCUUCCCUACCAACGACCAAGGGAUACGCGAGGCUAUUGAGAAGGUGCAGAAAGAGCGUCAAGACAAUAUAAUUUUUCUAGCCAGUGCUGGGAACUCGUCUACAGACGAUGAGAGCUUCCCUGCCCGCCACCCUGCUGUUAUAUCAGUCUAUGCUACAAACUGCAACGGAGUCUUUCUGUCAUCAAAUGCAAAAAGUACUACCAAUAGUGCCGCCGUGCUCGGCACAUUCGGCGACGACAUCCCAAGCUCCAUUCAAGACGAGUUUAGCAGCACAUACCCAAAGAUUUGCGAGCCCGGGUCCUCAGUCGCCACGGCAAUAAUGGCAGGCAUAAGUGCUACGAUGCUUAUAUACGCCACUGUACUGCCUCGGUUGAUCUUGCUGCAAGGUAAGGCGGCGAGUACAACCGACAACAUGCUGCAACGACUCCGGACCACCAAAGGCAUGGAGGCAGCAUUGGAUCGACUGGCACCAAAAGACGAGGACCACCCACGGCGUAGGUCUGUGAACCCGAUCUGGUUUUGGAAGAAGUCGAGUGAUGAUCUCGGGCGAUAUGCGGCUAUUUUUGAUGCCUUGUCAAAAUUAGACAGAAUAUCAUAG